CCAGAGCGCCGCCGGUCGCCUGGUAACCGCCCGCUGCCGCUUUAUCCGGGGGCGUCUCCUGGCUGGGGGCGGGGUGGAGCUGGAGUCUCUGCGGGUGCUUGCCCGUCGUGUCCCGGGGCUCUUCUCGGCUCCGCUCCCGCUCCUAUGCGGGCUGCGGCCGCUGCGCUCGCAGCACCCUGGGCCCUGGCGGGCGGCCCCUCCGGCCGGUGGGUCGCGUCCCUGCGAGCACGCCCCGGGCCCGCCGGCGCUCCCCCGGAGCGCCAUGAGCUCGGAGCCGCCCCGCGCCUCGAUACUCCGGGCCCUCUUUAAGAUGGAGCCGGCGGCGGCCGCCUCCGAAGUGCUGUUGGGAGCCUCGGAGUUCGUGAAAGAUCGGUUGUACUUCGCUACUUUACGAGCUAAACCGAAAACUACCGUAAAUACCCACUACUUCUGUACCGAUGAGGAACUAGUCUAUGAAAAUUUCUAUGGAGAUUUUGGACCAUUAAAUUUGGCAAUGUUAUACAGAUACUGCUGUAAACUAAAUAAGAAAUUAAAGUAUUUCAGUCUCUCAAGGAAAAAGAUUGUGUACUACACCAGCCAUGACCAGCGGAAGCGAGCGAAUGCAGCGUUUUUAAUAGGUUCAUAUGCUGUUAUAUACUUGAAGAAAACACCAGAAGAAGCUUACAGGCUGCUUUUAUCUGGAUCUAAUCCACCAUAUCUUCCAUUUAGGGAUGCUUCAUUUGGGAACACCACAUACAAUCUUACGAUCUUGGACUGUUUACAGGGAGUAAAUAAGGCUUUGCAGCAUGGAUUUUUUGACUUUAAGACAUUUGAUGUGGAUGAAUAUGAACACUAUGAGCGAGUGGAAAAUGGUGACUUCAACUGGAUUAUUCCAGGAAAAUUUUUGGCUUUUAGUGGACCACACCCGAAAAGCAAACUUGAAAAUGGUUAUCCUCUUCAUGCACCUGAAGCCUACUUUCCUUAUUUCAAGAAGCAUAACAUCACAACAAUCAUAAGACUAAACAAAAAGAUUUAUGAGGCAAAACGCUUUACUGAUGCUGGUUUUGAGCAUUAUGAUCUGUUCUUCAUUGAUGGUAGCACACCAAGUGACAGUAUAGUGCAGAGGUUCCUGAACAUCUGUGAAAAUGCUGGUGGUGCCAUUGCUGUACAUUGCAAAGCUGGCCUGGGGAGAACAGGAACACUGAUUGCCUGUUACAUCAUGAAGCACUACAAGUUCACACAUGGUGAAGCCAUUGCUUGGAUAAGAAUAUGUCGCCCAGGCUCCAUUAUAGGACCCCAGCAACACUUCUUGGAAGAGAAGCAAGCAAUGUUAUGGCAGGAGGGAGAUCUCAUCCGAUCAAAGCAGAAACAGCAAGGAGUCGAUGGAAACAUUAACAGAGUUCUUAGUGGCUUAAAUGACAUUUCCAUCAGUGACAGCCUGAACAAAGCACCAGACUCGGAUCAGUUCAAGGAGAAUGAUUCUGAAGACAAAAAUGUGGAAGCUCAGGAUGGGAUAACACAGGGAGAUAAGCUGAACGCCUUAAAAAGUCGCAGACAGCCUUGUUCUGCUACAGCUGGAGCUCUGAGGCUGCAAGACAUGAAACUGAACACCUGGUCAAUAUCACAACCCUUCAGACUGACCUCUUCAGGUAGUGCAGAAGGAUCCAUAUCUCCUCUGAAGGCCUCCAGAGUGAUGGCUGUCACUUCACCAUCUGCAGAAAGAAUAAGCAGACUUUCCACAUCCUCAGGCUCUACCCUUAAAAGCGUUUCCAUAAACUCCAGACUAGCCAGUUCUCUAGGGAACCUGUAUGAUUCUUCAGAUGGUGAUGAGAGCAAUAUGACAUCAUCGUCCUCUAGGACAGGUUUUUCUGUAAGCCCUAUCUCCAGUCACCUGAAUGGCAGCUUGCAGCUGCCACACAGAAAAAGCCAUGAACUGAACAACAACUUAUACAACAGAAACAGCUGUAGUGGCAACAACCUGAGCAGCCCAAGCAAUUUUCACAGCGACGUGACAGAUGAGUAUGCACCAGCCUUCCUUUAUGGGCCAUACAGCUCCUCCAGCAGCAUACCAGAGGCCAUUCCUUCAUUCUUUUUAGGGGUUUCCAGUUUUCAAUCCAAUAUACUGACAAAAAUUCAGUCCUCAGAAGUUCAGUCCUCUGCUCCUGUUGAGUAUACUGGAACUAAAAGUCACCACCAGUGGGUGAGAGCAAUCACUCAUCUGAAUAAUAAGUGUCCCUUCAGUCUGGGUAUGUUCAGUACUAAAGCCUUGCUGCUUUGGUGAAACCUGCUGAGCUCUUCAAAUCGGUGUCCUUCAUGAUGGAGAAGAACUGAAGAAGCUGCUAAGCUGCUCAUUAAACGGAGGAACCUGCAAUACAAGAUGUAUUAAUUCCUUAACACCAAGAGGAGACUUCUUAACAGGCAGAAAUUUAUUGUUAAUGACUACUGCAGAUGCACUGAAGUUGAAUUUAUGGAAAUUACUACUCCUUGUUAUAUACAAAUUUAAUUUUUUAUGUUGAGACAGCUUGAAUAUAUUUCUAAUGAGUUUCAUUAAGACAUUUAUUAACUUGUGUACAGUGUUAAAAUAUGUUUUAAGAGAAUAUUUUGGUAAACUAUAUAUAAAAAUUAUGUAAAAACUAGAAUAUAUUUUAAUUUAGGGUCUACUUUGCUACAAAAAUGUGUAUUUUAAAGAAUUUGUACAUGUUUAUCAAAGAUAUAAUUUUUUUAUGAACAAGAGAUUUUUCUUGUUUUAUGGGUCCAUCAUUAUUGCUUAGAGCCUAAUGUAAUUUAUUUUUUUAGUAAUUGGUCUUCUGGUAAUUUGAUGGAAGUCUAACUAGUGAGAGAUUUGUUAUUACAAUAUCAGCUAAAAGCACUUGAUACAUAAUCUGCUUUCCACUUCUGGCUGCUAACGUUUCUUAAGGAAACACAAUGAAAGAAAAAUAAAGGGAAAAUAUUUGUUGAGAUGUGAUGUAAUUACAUCAUCUACUGCAACAAAGAAAUAAUUUAUGUGAUAACUCAAUUGUACAAUUAAUGCUCUUUCAGUUUCUUAAAGGAUUUAUGUUUUGGUUUCAAUGUGGACUGUUGAUUUUGCUAUGCAAUAUAUGCUGCAAAAAUGAAGGCAGACCAGACUGAAGUUGGCAAAAAUGUACAAUGAAUUAGGUAGCACUGCAUACUUGCAUGCUUUUAACCUGCAUUUGGCAGUAUGUGUGCAAUUUCCUUAGCAACACACAGUAUAUGUUGGUCAUAUAUUAAAUUUUUAUCUAUCAAUUGGAUGCUUUGUAAACCCGCACAUUUGUUAUUCAGCAUAUGGCUGAGGUAGCCUCCUGGAAGGCUUUUGUCAUAGUAAAGAUGCUCUUUACUCUGUGGAACAUACAGGUCAGUCAGAUGUGAUUAGGAACGAGGCUUAAGUUGAAAUGGUGUUACAAGGAGGUACUAAAGAUCAUGUGUAAAAUUUUCACAAAUGCAUGAUAAGGAAAAGAAUAUAAGCAAUUGUGAGGAUUUUAUUUGCCCCUCAUGUACAAGACAGAAACAAAACAGAUUUGUUACCUUUUUAUUUUUUUUUCCAAUAGCUGCAGAAACUUGAAAAUAAAACUUAGUUGAGUUGUCAGUCUUUGUUCCUGAAGACCUGUGAAUACCCUGCAUUUGCUUUAUAUCUGAAGUUAAGUGCUACAUCAUUUUUUAAAAGAUGAGAUCACAAAUUGCUAUGGAAAGUUGUACUGAAAGUGUUCAAAAGCAAUACUGAGAGCAGCUAUAAAAAUCAAAAUCACUGAAUAAAAUUUACAUGCAAUACUGUACAUUUUUGCAACUGUGUAUAUGUAACAUAUACACACAAAGUAGCAUAUGUGUGUGUAUAUAUAUAUAUACAAUAUCCUGUAUAUGAAUUAUAGAUUAAUAAGGUAAUUCUACCUCUUAUAAAGAAUUUUCUCAUUUACUUUGUUAUUAAUAUUUUUCUUAAUAAAAUACUGAUUAAUUUUGAAAUGUAGAUAUAUAUAUAUAUAUAUAUAUAUAUACAGCUAAUUGAUAAUAAAAUGCCUGUAUAAGCCAGUUUCCUUGUUUCUUGGUUUUUUCUUAGAUCUUUUGAUGAUUUGAUCUCUAACUGAAGAUAACUUUUUCAAAGUCACCUUUUUUCCUGUAAACCAUGUAAUGUACUUAAAAGUAGGAUAACAUUGCAAAAGGCCACUAGCAAGAUAGGUACCUCUUCUAACAAUCUCUCUAAACCUUCUUGUUUAUGCUUUGUAUAAUGCCAGGUAUUUAAUCAACGUGUUGAUAUUAUGAUGAUGGCAUUAUAUUUCAAAAUACCCUGACUUCAAAGCUGUGUCUGAACUGGGGAAUCCUUUCUGGGUGAGGCCCCUUGUUACAGCUGUAAUAUACCGUGACUUUUUUUGCAUUUGCAACAGGUCUCGUAAUCUCACCAACAGCAGGUUUUUCGUGUAUAAGAAUCUAAACAAUAUAGCUUUCUUCUUCAAUUUAAAACUAAUCACAAAUGGUUUGAACAUUUGUUUAACCGUGUUGCUGAUUUUCAGCAAAUUUGUUGCAUUGCAUGAUUAUUUAUUAGCCUGUCAGCCUCUCCUGCAAUAGAUGUGGACAGUGUGUAACUGUUACACAGCCACUCUAAAGGAAUGGGAAAGCUGGGAAUAGAGUGGAUGCUUUCCAAGUUGCCCAAAUUCUGGUGACAGUCUGAUCUAAAAGACAACAAAAGCUUCUGCAACUGCAUUUGGAUGAAUAAUGGUUGGUGAUUUGGAUGUGCAGAGUAAAUAAUAUACAGGAAGAACAGCUAAUUAAGUGGGUUCUCCUACAUAGGAAUCAAGCUCUCCCUUGGCCUUUUUCUAGACUUUUAUUGGUUUAUUAGAUGAAAUACAUAAAUACCAGUUUAUGUACAACUUUUUUUUAUUCAUAAAUAAAUCAGUAUUCUGCAACAAUCAGCUUCUUAACAACAACAAAAAAAAUUUGGAACAGUGAAAGGUCAGAAAGGUCUUUUAGAAUGUUGUAGCUUUUAAGAAAUUAGCCUGAAAUUUAUUUAUAUAUCCUAUGAUCACUUUUCCUUGAACUUUUCCAUUUCUGUUCCUUCAAAUAUGAAUAUAUCUGGUUCUGGGAGAACAAGUUGUAGUGCACUAGAUCUCUAAAAACAUGAAAGGAUGGAUCAAAUAAAUCUAAAGGUCUCUAUGGGGCAUAAUAUUGUGUGGCUAACAUCUUAUGAAACAGUUAGUCAUCAUAAUCUCUUUUUAAAGUAUGCUUCAUGUCGCCUUCCAGUUAGGGAGGUAUUUCUUGUUACAAAUUCAGAGACUAUUUUUCAAUUGCAGUACUGCAGAAAGAGGAGGAUUUUAGUUUCUAUAAUAACUGUUCUUUACUGACAACUAAACAAUGAAAGGCCUCAAAAGGUUUGACACUUGAUUAGAUCUACGCUGUAAAGUGCAGCAGGCAAAAAAUAUGGUAAUUAAGGGCCUGAUGAAGUAAAUCACUGAGGCAUGUCUUUAACCUUAAGCACAUGAGCCAUCUAAUUAAUUAAAAGUGAACAUAGAUAUUCAUGUUUGUAACGAAUCUACCUUUGGAUCGAUAUUUCUGUCAAUUGUUAAUAUGAGCCUUUUUUAUCAAAUAAAAUAUAUGCUGUAUUGCAACA